CUUGCUUCCUAUUGGAUUUCCUGCUAGCAUUACUAGAGAGUCAUCACAGAGAUCUUAGUUGGCAGAUAUACAAAGAUGAAGGUGUUGGUUUGUCUCACUUUGCUCAUACUCUGUUGUGUCAGCCAUGUAAAAGUGGUCACUAUUCAGUCGUGUCCCAUGGCAGCUGGGAGCUUCAUUCAGACAAAGGUUGAGGAAACCGUCACUCUGACCUGUGUGAAUGAUGUCAGUAUGGACCCAUCAAACCAACAUGAACUGCAGUGGUACCGCAAUGGUGCCUUGGUGGACCUGAAAGAAGAAAACCGCCUGAACCGGAGUAGUCUGUGUAUACAACCUGUUUCCAGAGAGGACAAUCUAGCAAUCUUUACUUGUCAGCUGAAGAAUGAUGCAAGCAUGAACAACUCCAUCAAACUUGAUGUCCAGUUUCCUCCGGAUCUUAAUGGCACCGAAGAGAUGUUUGUUGAGGAAACAAGCAAUGUUGCUCUGUCCUGCCAUGUCCAUGCCAACCCUCCAGUGACUGUGAGUUGGAAAAGGGAUGGUGAGCUUCUGGAUCUGACCACUGGUAGUUAUAAAACCACCAAUAAUGGCAUUACCACUCAGUUGACAAUCCCAAAAAUUAAGCGUGAUGUUCAUCAAGGAUUGUACACCUGUGAGGCACAUUCAGAUGUCUAUGGAAUUAUGAACAAGACAUUUAAAGUUACGGUUGAAGACAAAGUUCUUAAGUUCCCUCUCGGACCCACAAUUGCUGGACUGGUGGUGGUUGUCUGCACAAUUGUAAUAGCAAUCAUCUCUAGAAGGAAUCAAAUUAAAGAGUGUUGCAAACAUAACUGAAACUCUCUAGAUGAAAAAGCAUCUCAGGAAUUCAAAACAGAGCUAUUUGAAGCAUUGAGCUUUCAGGACACCAUCACCAGACAAGCCUGACUGGAAUGCAAGUAACCGUUACUGUACUGGCAAACUGGACACUGCGAUGGAAUGCCUCUUAAAUCUGAAUUGCUAAUUAAAAAACAAACAAACACCUCUUUGGUUGCCUACUUUACCUUCUUGCUUUUUUAUUGUAAGUAAAUGGUAGUUAAAUUAUGUGGUGAAAAGAAGUUUGUCAAAAAAAAACUCUCUGAGACCCUCUUGCGCUUCUCUGCUGAUUCUGUAUGUGAUAUUCUCCAAAUUCUUCUGGCAUUGAGCAAGUAGUCUUUGAGCCAGCAGCCACUCCUAGAACAUUGAUGGCCAGGUUUGUUAGGGAGAAUGAACUCAUUAAAAUGAAUAGCAAACUAUUGUAAAUUCUCAGGGUCAAGGAUUAUUUCUUUGUGUAAAUAGGCACUGUAAAAUGUAACUACCUAGAAGACAUUAAUCUUUAGCCAUCAAACUAAAAAUAUAGUGUGUAAUGUUAAUUAUAAAGAAAUGUUCUCUGUUGAUACUAAUAAGGUUGGGCUACUUUCACAUUUUCUCUGUAAACUGUAUUUAGGCACCUUCAAGGUGAAA